AGGAUAUUUUUCGUCGUCGGUCGUCGUGUUUGUAUUUAUUCGUGUCUUCGCGUAUGGUAUAGCCGAUACUUCAACAUUUUUAUAUUUUGGAUAACUAUUCCGCUCUUUUAAACAGCUCUUUAGGAAAACCAAGCAAAAAAUAUUCAUACAUGUGUCCGAAUGGCUCUGAUUAAAGUAUCCCUUGCAGUUGUGUCAGUUCUUAUUCUCGGAGCUGACAGCAAUAGUCUUCAAAAUUUCAAACAUUGGAAGGAUAAUGGGAAUAGUUUAGAACGUUUAACAAGUUCUAUAGAGGAUACAGAUCACUCCAAACUCCACCCCAUAAAAAGACGAAUAUAUGAUAGUGUGGGUGGCAGCGUGGGCGUUGGCCGUGGUGGUGGUGUGCCGUCUGUUCCGUGGCGCGGCCGAUGGUUUCCUGAGGCGCCUGCGGCUGCGGCGUCGCCUGCGGCACAAGGCACCGCCAGCCGCACCUCUGCCACUACAAGUGCAAGUACCAGCCGUAGCCAUCUGGAUACAAUGAGCCAAGUCGAUGCUGCCUGCGACGACGGCAAGACAAAUCUAACUUUGGACUGGUCUGGCUCCGUUGAGAACUACACCUGCUUCUUGGACAUUUUCCCUCCUGAUCCUGAAACUGCAGCUUUUAUAAUGCGUGAUUAUAUCCCCACUCAAUACCAUGCUAUGCAUGAAUGUAUGAACAAGCCCAUACACUACACCUCCAAUCUACCGACAUUUGGUACGCACAGACCUGUCUGGGCAAGAUAUGGUGAAUAUAAAUUUCUUCCACGUCAAAGGUGGCUGCACAACUUAGAGCAUGGAGCCAUUGUAAUGCUGUACCAUCCUUGUGCCCAUCCGUUGCUUGUGAGGGAACUAAAAGAUAUUGUCAAGUCGUGUCUGUACAGGCAUGUUAUCACACCGUACAAUCUCCUAUCACCGAUAAGGCCGCUAGCACUGGUGGCCUGGGGCUGGGCCAUGACCAUGUCAAUGGUAGAUGAGGAGAGUGUGCGUCAAUUCAUCACUGCGCAUGCGCUGCGCGGCGCCGAAAACAUCACCACCGACGGUCAGUACGACCAUUUGCUACAAGAUGCCGCUACCAUCGUCACCAGCGAACAUGACUCCACUGUCUGUCCUCCUCAGAUGUACUUUUAGAAUUGCAGUGACUAUAAAUGAUUAUAAUAGUUUCUGUAUCUUGAAGGCGCCACUCACUCUUCUAAUCAGAAACUGAAUAAUAUUCAUCGGUAAUCUUGGUGUUUAUUCACUCAUAUUUCUAUCGAAACUAGCUACACAGAGAAAACUUAUACGAUUAAUUUUAAGAUAACUAACCUUCCGGUAGUCGCGCCCUACUCAAUCACACGAGCAGUCGCGUGUUGUAAUUUUUACAACAUCCAAUUUUCCAAGUGUUAUGUACUCUGUUUACCGUCAAAACAUAUUAACUAAUUGUGUAAUUACUUACUCAUCUUCUUGUAUUAUUUUACGCCUAUGAACAUUUGGAUGAUUACCAUUUCAUAGCUCAAUAAAGUACAUCAAGCAAAGCCAUCAAUUUUGUGUUAUUGGUUCGUUUACAGUCCCCGUAUACAGUCUUUCCCUAUCUUAUACACAGUGCGACUUAUGCACUGUCGCGACUAAAUGGCACCUAAAGACUGAACCAUUGCUCGGUUGAUACUGCAACUCAGUGGAGUGAUGGGGAGAAAGAUUUGGAAUGCAAAGGCGACUCAUUUACUGACACUACCCCAUUCAAUAGUUUUGUGCAAAAAAACUGACACUGUUGUACUUUUUACAACAGCGCUACUGCCUGAAGGUUAAGAUUGUUUUCCCUAUGUUAUUAGUGAAAGAAUAAGACGUUGAUGUUGUCAAUACCACUUAACUUUGGACAUUUAUUUAGACAACAUCAGCGUUUUAUUCUUUUAAUAUUAUGUAGAAAUACCACAUUUUUUCCUAUACUCAGAUACUACAGGAUGUUUCAUUUAAAACAGAACCCGUUGCUCAUUAGCUUGAACUGAAUGUAUUUAUUUUGGAAAUGUAUUUAAUUUGUUUAAAACGGGUAAAAUACUGUUUCUAAUGUUGGUAUAAAUGGAGCUAGAGUAGGGAUGGCUAUUUAUUCCUUGUGCAUAGCAGUUGGUCUACUGAAAGUCAAGCAUUUCCGUUGAAACGUUGUCACAGGAAUUUGCUACAGGAAUUUUUUGAUAUAAGGAUUGUGGCCAUCACGUUCCCCUGAUCUCUCUAGCCUUAACUUCUUUCUGUGAGGCUACUUGGAAGAAAUUGUUUUCAGGAUCAAUCCUCAUUACUGAAAUUGAAAACAAACAUUACUAAUGCUAUUCAUGAAAUAGAGAAAUACUGAAAAGAGUCAGGAACAAGGUGAAACGUGUUGAUAAGUGCAUUGAAAUGGAUGGACAACAUUUUUAACAUCUGCUGUAAUUUCGUAAUUCAAGUGUUUGUCAAUAAAUUAUUAUUUACACAUCGAACUAAGAGUUGGGUUCUGUUUAAAAUAGAACACUCUAUAUUAGUGCCGUUUGCACUGUGCCAGUUUAAACGGAUUCUCUAUCUGAACGAAUGAAAAAGUUCUAUUUAAAAUAAAAAGAACCUGUUUCAAACUAGAUUUAACUUAUGUUUUGAAUUCAUUUAAACUGGAUUAAAUCCAUAUCAAGUCUCGUUUUUUAAUGUGGUUCAUUUUGAGUUUAAGCUACAAGCUGAUUCAAUUCAGUUGAAGUUUUCACUGUGCAAACAGCCCUUAUAUAGGGUUUUCAAUACUUUUUAAAUCAGAGAAACUAAAUUAAUUAUAAACGGUUAUUUUAGAGUAGUUUACAUUAACUCAAUUUUCUAUUAAAAAUUGCAGGGUUAGUUGAACUUCCAUAUAAAACUUUCAAUUCUAUUUAUUUUUCUAUGAAAUAUUUUAUUUUUGUUUUGUUAAGAUUUACUAUUAAUAUUAAAUAUUAAUAAAUUUUAUGAAGAGAAAUUAUCUAUCUAUCGAAAAUUACAGGGCUAUUACUUUAUUCAUGUUUUUAUGAAUAGUGAUGACGACUAGUCAUUUUGAUGUUUAUGACUUAAAAUAAAAACUUUAGAAUUAUUAAAAUUCUUUAUGAAUGAAGCUGACUCUUGCAAGCGGUCUAGAGGAAUAUAAGAAUAUUCUUUAAUAUAAGAAUAUUCAAAAAAUUAUUUGCACUACUACAAAUAACUAAAGAUUUAUUAAAAUUUAUAAGGUUUAUAUAUUCAUCUAUUUUUCAAAAAUUGUAGGGUUAUUUUAACUGUUCUCGGAUAACACUAUCGAUUUUCAAUUGCAUAUUCCCUUUCUAAUUUCAGAUCUUAUCGAAACUGAAGAAUUGUUUCUAUUAUACAUUUAUGGAGCUCCCUGAAAGAGUUUAUUACUAAUAUUUUAAUGCUCUUUCCAGCUAGGAGUCAUGGCAAUUAGAUAAUAGUCUUGCAAAACUCUUGUUACCAGAAACUAAAGAUAAUAGAUAAUUUUAGUUUUAAUGCACUUAAUUUCUAUAAAAAUCGACAGGUUAGGUGUACAUUCCAUCGUGCAAUUUUUUCAUUUUUCUAUUUAUAAUUCAAUUAUUCUAUGCUCAUGAUACUUAAGACUUAUUUAAUAAGAAAACGUCUCUAAAACUGACUGUAGAAGUUUUUGAGAUAAUAUUAUUGCAUGAGAAAAUUUCUCUAAAACUAACUGUAGAUGUUUUUGAGAUAAUAUAGAUUAAAGAAAGACUGAUAUUGUCAAUUCUAAAUUCCAAUUUAUAGUCUAGAUUUUUUGAAAUUUAGUUAGCC